AUGCUAUCUAGAGCACUUCGACUACCCGUCGCCUUUGCCGGCGUGCGUGGCCCAGGGCGUCGCUCCCUGGCACACGUCACCAACGCACCGGAUGUCCCAACGGAAGAGGACAAGACAUUCUCCGUCCCCAUCGCCGAGGAUAGCUUCGAAACGUACGAAAUGGACCCUCCGCCGUAUUCCGUGGACAUCACCAAAAAACAGCUCCGCCAGAUAUACCACGACAUGACAUUGAUUCGACGGAUGGAAUUGACCGCCGAUGGACUGUACAAGGAGCGCAAGAUCCGGGGCUUUUGCCACCUGUCGACCGGCCAGGAGGCUGUGGCCGUCGGCAUCGAGCACGCCAUCACCAAGCAAGACAAGUUGAUCACCGCGUAUAGAUCGCACGGGAACACGCUCAUGCGAGGAGGGACGGUGAAAAAUAUCAUUGGGGAGCUGCUGGGCCGACGGGGCGGGAUCUCCUACGGCAAGGGUGGCUCGAUGCAUAUGUUCACCGAGGGGUUCUUCGGCGGCAAUGGCAUUGUCGGCGCUCACGUCCCGGUGGGGGCGGGGAUUGCCUUUGCGCAGCAAUACACCGACAGCGGCAACGUCACUUUGGAUCUCUACGGUGACGGGGCGGCGAACCAGGGGCAAGUCCACGAGGCGUACAACAUGGCGAAAUUGUGGAACUUGCCCAUCAUAUUUGGCUGCGAGAAUAACCACUACGGAAUGGGCACGUCAGUCGAGCGCGCGUCGGCCAUGACGGAAUACUACAAACGCGGCCAGUACAUCCCGGGGCUACGCAUCAACGCGAUGGACGUUCUAGCGGUCCUCUCCGCCGUUCAGCACGGGAAGGCCCAUGUCACCGCCGGAAAGGGCCCCCUCGUCUUUGAGUUUCUCACGUACCGGUAUGCCGGCCACUCCAUGAGCGACCCGGGGACCGCGUAUCGCACCCGAGAGGAGCUCCAGAAACAGCGAUCGAAUGACCCCAUUUCGAACCUCAAGGAGAGACUUAUGGAAUGGGGGGCGUUCUCUGAGGACGAACUGCGGACCAUUGACAAGGAAGUUCGCAAACAAGUCGCGAAGGAUGCCGAGGAAGCUGAAAAGAUGCCGGUGCCGGAGAAUACCCCGGAUGUUUUGUUCGAAGAUGUUUACAUGCGAGGGAGUGAGCCGAACCAACGACGGGGGAGGACCAUUGAUGAGACUUACUACAAGGGCUAA